AUGUAUAAAGGAAUGAACUACAGUGACACUGUGAUAUUAGAAGAUGAUGAUAAUAGAAUUAUUCUAAAGAGUUUUGGGAAUUAUGAGAAUGAUUACAUCAAUGCAAGUCCUAUUGAUUUAUCUGUUGAUGGUUUAAAUGAAAGUCAUGAAUUGAGUCAAUAUCAUAUGACAUCUUGGCCAGAUCAUGGUGUACCAGAAUAUGUGAGUCCAUUGUUAAGAUUACACAAACGAGCAACAAAGAACUGGAACAUCAGUAAAGGUCCCAUCUUAGUCCACUGUAGUGCUGGUGUAGGUCGUACUGCUUUGGAACAAGCUAGUAAAGAGAGAGUAGUAGAUAUUGCUGGUAUUAUCAAUAGACUUAGAGAACAGAGAAUGCAGAUGGUACAGACAGUGGAUCAAUAUGCUUUUGUUCAUGAUGCUGUACUAGAAAGAGUAAUUUGUGGAGAGACAGAGAUUCCAACAGACAAGUAUCAGUCUGAACUACAGAAACUUAAAGAGCAUGAUCCCAGAACACACCAAACAGGUCUUGAGUCACAAGUCAAUCUCUUUCUCAAGUGA